GCACCCCCCACACAGACACAACCAGAUUAAAGCUGUAUUGCUUUGAUGCCAAUGAAACAUUUAAGGUUUUAUGAUGGCAGAAUAAAGCAAACACAUACAGAAAAAUAGCUGUGGCCAUUAAACUGUCAUAUUAUAUAUAGGCUUCACUGUUGGAUUAGGCUACUUUAUGCUGAGUGCUUUACCAUCAUGAAAGCUUUCAGAAAAAUCACAUAGAGAUGCCAAAUAACACGACAUGAUGAUUUCUACAUGAAGUCCGUGCCCAGUCCACUCAUUAAUUUCAGCCGUUUCGACAAGAUUUUGCUGCGACUCAUUGCGCAGCGAUCCUCGCCAUCUGUUUGGGUGCGAACAAAAGCCGAUGACUGGUGGAGACGGGUUCUUCCCAGUUUUACAGACGAGCAGUUCGUGGAGAAUUUCCGUAUGUCUAGAGAGACAUUUCAAUACCUCUGUCGGCGUCUGAGGCCUGCAAUGGAGAGAGUGGACACGACGUUUCGCCUUGCAGUUCCGUUAGACAUGAGGAUUGCUGUCGCCCUUUGGAAGCUCGCCACCAACUCUGACUACAAGAGCAUAGGGCGUAUAUUUGGGAUUGGCCUUUCAACUGCCUGUGACUGUUUAAGAGAGUUCUGCUCCGCUGUGGAAGAAGUUUUGCUGCCAGAGGUCCUGAAAAUGCCUAGCCUUGACAAAAUGAAAGAACAUGCACAGUAUUUUGAGCAAAGAUGGGGGUUGCCACAGUGUAUUGGGGCUGUUGAUUGUUCCCACAUCCCAAUUUUAGCACCCAAGCAGGCCCACACGGAGUAUUUUAAUAGAAAAGGAUGGUACUCAAUUGUUUUACAGGCAGUUGUAGAUGGAAGAGGUUUGAUUUGGAACGCAUACACUGGGCAACCUGGUAGCCUGCAUGAUGCCCGAGUGUUACGCUUGUCUGAUCUGUGGGAACUGGCUGAGAGGGGCAGGGUAUUUUCACAGGAGUACAUGAGUGUUGCAGGGCAGAAUGUUGGUUACUACAUCAUUGGAGAUGCUGCAUAUCCACUGAAAAGCUGGCUCAUGAAGCCAUUUGCAGACACUGGUGCCUUAACCAAAGAAGAGCAGGCAUUCAACGUGAAGACAAGCAGGGCAAGAGUUGUGGUUGAGCAUGCUUUUUGUAGACUCAAAGGAAGGUGGCGAUGCCUCCAAAAGCGCAAUGACUGCAGCCUAGAGAGGAUCAAGUCCAUGGUGCUCACGUGCUGUGUGCUUCAUAACCUCUGUGAAAGCCACAAUGAGAUGUGGAGAGAGGAGUGGAGCGAGCAACUGCCACUGCAGCCAGACACUCCUGUUCAACCACCUGCUACAGAUGCUGAAGGUGUAGCUGUGCGUUCAGCCUUGAUGCGCCACUUUGUGUUGCCCAACUAAAUAGGUGUACACCAACACCCCCAUGACUCGUUUUUUUUCCCUUCCAAAAUAAAAGUUUUUUAAAUUUCAUUCAUGUUUUAUGUGCAUUAUUAUAAAGCCAUUUUCCAUCUGUAGCUGGCUACAAAGGCCAAAUUUUUGAAUGUGGUGUCAUGUGUUAACCAGUGGCGCCACCAGGGGGUGGCCAGGGGUGGCCACGGCCACCCCUAUAAUAGAGACUAUCACAGAGCAGGUGCAUUUAUACGGAGAUUUGAUUACACACAGGUGGAUUCUAUUUAUCAUCAUCGGUCAUUUAGGACAACACUGGAUCAUUCAGAGAUCCUCACUGAACUUCUGGAGUGAGUUUGCUGCACUGAAAAUAAAGGGGCCGAAUAA